CAUGCAGCCGUCCAAGUUUUGCUUUUCUCCUGUAGGAAGCGGCUGGCUAUAGCUGUCGUGCUUUGACAGAUCUCUAAAGAGAGCUGGAACUUUUGUAGGAGGUACCCUUUCCAAAUGCAGCUCUGUUUGUGAAACUCAUUUAAGUCCUCAGGAGGCGAGUUAACGGUGGAUCUGUUCGUCAUGAGUUUUGCCGAACUCCUAGACAGCAUUGGCGGCAUGGGCCGCUUUCAAAUCAUCCAUGUCGCUUUGCUUGUUAUCCCUGUUUUAAUGACAGCCUCUCAUAACCUCCUGCAGAAUUUUUCUGCUGCUGUCCCAGGACACCACUGCCAGAUCCAUGUCACUGCCAACAGCACGGGUGGUACAAACAUGACUCAAAGGCUGAGCACCAAAGAUCUCUUGAGGAUCUCCAUCCCCAUGGAUGGGGACUGGGAGCCGGAGAAGUGUCGCCGGUUCAUCACCACCCAGUGGCAGCUCCUAAAUCCCAAUGCCACCAUCGCAAACGAGACAGAGAUGGAAACAGAGCCAUGCACGGAUGGGUGGACCUACGACAAGAGCAUCUUCACCAACACCAUCAUUAUGGAGUGGGACCUGGUGUGUAACCUGCGGACGCUCGGACAGAUGGCUCAGUCAAUUUACAUGGCUGGGGUGCUGGUGGGAGCGCUUGUGUUUGGAAGCUUAGCAGACAGGUUCGGGCGGAAGGCUCUCCUGAGCUGGUCUUACCUGCAGAUGGCUGUCUCGGGCACCUGCACCGCCUUCUCGCCCAAUUUCACCACAUACUGCAUCUUCCGCUUCCUGGUCGGGAUGGCCCUUUCUGGGAUCAUCCUCAACUGUAUGUCACUGGCUCUAGUGUUAACCCCUCUGGCGUGGGUGGCUUCCUUUCCAGUUGUUGAGUGGGUGCCAACCAAUGUACGGACCAUAGCCGGCACAGUGGUGGGAUACUGCGCUACCAUUGGGCAGAUUAUUCUUGCAGGCUUGGCAUAUGCCCUCCCGGACUGGCGCUGGUUACAAUUCACCGCAUCAAUGCCCUUCUUCAUCUUCUUUCUCUACUCCUGGUGGUUUGCAGAGUCCGCUCGCUGGCUGGUUCUAUCAGGAAAACCGGACCGAGCAGUGCAGGUGCUUAAGAAAGUUGCUCAGAUAAAUAGAAAAAAAGAAGAAGGAGACAAGCUUGAUACUGAGGUCUUGAAAUCCAACAUGCAGAAGGAAAUGGCCUUGGCACAAUCUUCCUACACGUUGUACAGUUUGGUCCGCACACCCAACGUACGCAGGAUAUCCUGCUGCAUAUCUAGUGUCUGGUUUGCCACCAGCUUUGCCUUCUAUGGCUUGGCCAUGGACCUGCAGCACUUCGGCUUCAACAUUUAUCUCAUCCAGGUGGCUUUUGGCUCCAUUGACAUCCCAGCCAAGCUGGGCGCUGCCAUCGGGAUGAGCUUCAUCGGCCGGCGCUUCACCCAGGCAGCUUCCGUCAUCCUGGCAGGGCUGGCGAUCCUGGCCAACAUAUUUGUGCCACGAGAGCUGAAGGCCUUACGUACAUCCCUGGCAGUGCUUGGAAAAGGAUGCUUAGCCUCUUCCUUUAACUGUUUGUACCUCUACACCGGCGAGCUGUACCCAACAGUCAUCAGACAGACCGGCAUGGGGCUUGGAAGCACCAUGGCUCGCGUGGGCGGCAUAGUAGCUCCGGUGGUAAGGGUGACGGGGGAAUAUUUCCCAUACUUCCCACCAAUUAUAUAUGGGACAGCUCCUAUAAUCUCAGGCAUCGCUGCUAUAUUCCUGCCAGAGACUCUCAAUGUGCCAUUGCCUGACACCAUAGAAGAAGUGGAGAGAGGGGAAAGGGCCAGAGACCUAAAGAAUGACGAGCAAAAGGAGAAGAUUCUUCUGCAGACAAUGGGGCCAGCAAUGCUGCAGGAAGCCUGAUGGUGUGAUGCAAGAGGGGGCCCCUUGGGUUAGGUAGUCCUCUGCUCAAAGUGUCACCCAUGUUUCUGUACACGGCAGUACACUCACAGGGCCUGGCUCUGUGCAGUGCUGCAGAGCAGAGAGAGGUUGCAGGGGAGUCAUAACAAAUAAAUGGCAGAUUCCUCAAUCUUUGACGUAUCUCUCACACACACACACACACACGUGUGUGCGCACACUCGGAUACUCGCACUCAUAUAUACACGUACACUGACUCGUGUGUAUGUUCACACUUACACUCAUGCAUACACCCAGUCCCAUUCACACCCUCUCACACAUACACGCUCAUUCACUCAGGCAGACGUUCUCACACACUCGCAACAAACACACAGGUCUGCACUGUUAGAAGGCUCCCUCCCUUUCCACUACAGCUGAUUAACACUCGACCUCCUGCCAUCUGACAAUAAGUUGGUUCCCAACCCAAAUCUCAUCAACAGCUGUGUUUUAUGGAAAACUCACCCUAUAAAUCUAAUGGCUGUGGAUGGAAUGUGUUUCAUUCAGCUCCCAUUGUAGAGAGGCCCAUGGCCAUUUUUCACAUACCUGAAUACCGGAGCCCUUGGGUCAGAGUAAAUGUUUAAACAAUUUCAA